AUGUCUCCUUCAAUACUGAGUCUGUCCUUACUGGCAGUAUCCCUGGCGGCGUCGGGGCUUGCUACGCCGCUGUCUACCUCUCCUCAUUAUGCGCCUCGCGGGCGCUCGCCCCUCGUUCCCGCGCCGUUCGUUGAGGCGUUCCACCCGCACGGGACCGUCAACAACUCGUACAUUGUGAUGCUAAGGAGCGAUGUGCACCCCGAGCUCAUGCAGAAUCACCUCAACUUCCUGCAGAGCGUGCACGAGGCGGACCCUCUGGACGGUGAGGAGGCGGGUCUCCGUCACGUCUAUGACGGGCACAUCAAGGGGUACGCGGGUCGCUUCACCGAGGCGACGCUUGACGCCAUCCGGUCGAUGCCUGAGGUGGACUACGUUGAGAAGGAUCAGGUGGUGAAGACGAUGGAGGUUGCCACCGAGUCGCUGAAGACGCAGAAGGCGGCGCCUUGGGGGUUGGCUCGCGUCAGUCACCGCAACAAGCUUAACUUGGCGACCUUCCGCAAGUACGAGUAUGACCCCCAGGGCGGCGAGGGCGUCGAUGUGUACAUCAUUGACACCGGCAUCAACGUCAACCACGUCGAGUUCGAAGGUCGUGCCAAGUGGGGCAAGACCGUUCCUCAGAACGACUACGACGAGGACAACAACGGUCACGGCACCCACUGCGCUGGCACGAUCGCAUCUCGCAAGUAUGGCGUUGCCAAGGCUGCGCAUGUUAUUGCAGUGAAGGUUUUGGGCUCUAACGGCAGCGGUUCCAUGUCCGAUGUCGUUGCGGGUGUUGUGUGGGCAGCCACCGAGGCCAAGAACAAGGCGGAUGCUGCGUUGGCAGAAUUCAAGGCUACUGGCAAGACCAGCCACAAGGGUUCCGUUGCCAACAUGAGUCUCGGCGGUGGCAAGUCUCGUGCUCUGGACGAUGCUGUCAACCGCGCCGUCGACAAUGGCAUGCACUUCGCUGUCGCUGCUGGUAACGACAACCGUGAUGCUUGCCAGUACUCCCCUGCUGCUGCUGAGAAGGCCGUCACCGUCGGUGCCUCCACCCUUGCUGACGAGAGGGCUUACUUCUCCAAUCACGGUGAAUGCGUCGAUGUUUUCGCUCCUGGCUUGAACAUCGUGUCUACUUACAUCGGCAGCAACGAGUCGAUUACUACCAUGUCCGGUACUUCCAUGGCAUCCCCCCACACUGCCGGCAUGCUCGCCUACUUGCUGUCCCUCUACCCGUCUGAGACCUUCAACCCGUCCAUCGCUGACGAUGACUUCCUUCCCUCUGCUCUCCAGAGCCAGCGCAGCUCCACCGGCCUCUCGUCCGUGUACAGGCUCGCUCACUCGGUCCUCCCCAGCUGGGUCGCUGAGUUCAUGCCCUCGCCGGAGCUGAUCAGCGCGGUUGCUCCAAUCCCUGACGGCCCCAAGACCCUCUCGCCCACCCAGCUCAAGAAGGCCUUGAUUGCCCUUGCGAGCAAGGACGUCCUGGCCGACCUGCCUCCUAAGACGGUCAACAUCCUUAUCUUCAACAACGCUACGGCAUAG